AUCCGGCUAGCCAGUUAUGAAUUUUGAUACGUAAAUCCAGCCCAUCCCACGAUCGUGUCGGUGAUUGCUGGAUGUUAUAUUAUCGUGUGGCCUGUGCUACUGCCAUCUGUUAUCUUCAUUUUCAAACUUCACACACAUUAAGAAAGAAUCACGACAGCAAUUAAAUCAUGAGCCAGGCUCCGACCGAUCAUGAAAAGGUCUCGGAAACCAAACAGCCAACGUCGUCCACGGAGUCAACCCAACCGGCGACUCUCUCUUCUGAUUACGCUCCCUACCCGAAAUUAGACCCCAAGGACGUCGCUCCUCCACCGGAAAAUUGGACCACCGUUUCCAUGGCUUCGCAAUCGGAUCCCAGUCCGGACCCCGUCCCGAUCUCCAGCAGCGCUGCUACCACCAUGCCUGCUGAGUCCAACCCCUACGUUUCUCCGGCGCCAGUUCAAUCUUCUUCCGUCAAGAAUAAGAUGGAAUCAGUGAAAGACGUGUUGGGGAAAUGGGGAAAGAAAGCGGCGGACGACACUAAGAAGGCGAAAGAGAUAGCUGAGAACAUGUGGCAACACUUGAAAACUGGGCCGAGUUUUGCUGACGCUGCUGUAGGAAGAAUUGCUCAGACAACCAAAGUUAUUGCUGAUGGCGGUUAUGAGAAGAUCUUUCGGACAACAUUUGAGACUGUUCCUGAGGAACAGCUUCUGAAGACAUAUGCUUGCUACUUGUCCACCUCCGCUGGUCCUGUUAUUGGAGUUUUAUAUAUGUCAACCCAUAAGCUUGGUUUUUGCAGUGACAGUCCUCUGGCUUAUCAAGUUGGUGAUCAGACUCAAUAUAGCUAUUAUAAGGUGGUUAUCCCAUUACAUCAGCUGAGGGCAGUGAAUCCAUCAGCUAGCAAAGCCAACCCAGCUGAGAAAUACAUCCAGAUUAUAUCGGUUGACAACCAUGAAUUCUGGUUCAUGGGGUUCGUACACUACGACAGCGCAGUUAAAAAUCUUCAAGGAGCAUUGCAGUCCCGUGGCUCAUGAUGUGAUGUUAUCAAAACUCUACAGCCAUGUCCCAAAAGGUGAUUUGCAUUUUACUAGAUUGAUGUUGAUAAAAAUAUUGGAGCCAGAUUUGUAAUAAUCGGUAUAGCAUACGCAUAGGCUUUGUUUUAUAUUGCAUUUGUUUGGAGUGUCACUGUGGUAUUAUUCCUUUGGUUCCGAAACACAUUAAGAUGAGAGCUUGUUAAAUGGUUUGCUACUGGAAAUGUCAUUUUUAUACCGUUUUUCUUUUAA